AAUUACAUUUUGAUUCGGAGAGGUUGGAACCAGAUCCCAAGUCCCUUGUCAAACAAGAGCAUCAAACUCAUCUGACAUAGCCCUUCGCCAUUAGGGGUGACUCAAAGCUUGGCUCACACAUGAGGGCUUGACAGUGGUGGGGAAAGGGUAUUUGGUGGCAGGAUGCAUCUGUUUGGGCUUAAAGAUGUUGUUUAGGGAGCGAGUAACCAUGGGGUGAGUUCGAUGGGUAUUGGGCGGUGCUAGGUGGGAGGGGAUUGGAUCCAGACUAGGUGAAGGGGAGCUGAUGAUUGGGGAAGACGAGAUAGAGGCCGGUGACAAGGAUGAGGGAAAAGGAGAGGAGUCGACAGUAGUAGAGGAAGUAGGGAAAAAGCUGGAAAUACUUGGGCAGGAGGGAGAAGGAACCAGAUUUGAACCACAAGCAAUGGGAGGCGACGCAUUCUACGAGACUGGGAUGACGAAGUCCUACAGAGGUGGGUUGGUAGUGGCAAAAGGCACCGGUGGUGGCAAGGCUGGGAGAGGAGCAAAGGAUGGAGGUGUGUCUAGUGCUGGAGAAGGGAGAGGUGCAAAGGAUGGAGUUGUGUCUAGUGCUGGAGAAGAAGAAGGAAAUAGAGAAGUUGAGUUUAUGGAGGGUUGAGACAAAGAUGAAGGAGAAAUAUUAGAGAUUUCAAUACUAGUGAGAUUUGGGAAAUUUUGAAUUUGAGAAGUUGAUUGUCUUGUAGAAGCCUGAAAAGGAAAGUGAUUUUCAUGAAAAGUAACAUGUUUGGAAAAAAAUAUUUUAUUAGUUU